AUGGGGUCGUCUGUAAAGGCACUUAUUGCCAAGUCUGGUGACCUGAGUGUGAUCUCUGGUGCCCACAUGGCGGAAGGAGAGAGCCUACUCCAGCAAGAAGGGGCCCUCGACCUUCUGAAGAAGCUGAACAGUUGCCAGAUGUCCAUCCAGCUGCUGCAGACCACCAGGAUCGGAGUCGCCGUCAACAGAGUUCGCAAGCACUGCUCAGACAAGGAGGUGGUGUCCUUGGCCAAAGUCCUCAUUAAAAACUGGAAGCGGCUGCUGGACUCUCCCCGAACUACCAAAGGAGAAAGAGAAGAAAGAGACAAAGCAAAGAAGAAAGAAAAAGGGCUUGGCUGUUCAGACUGGAAACCGGAAGCAGGUCUUUCUCCAUCUAGGAAGAAAGGAGGGGGAGAGCCCAAAGCCAGGAGAGACUCUGUAGAUUCCAGGUCGUCCACCACCUCCUCUCCAAAGAGGCCACCUAUGGAAAGAUCUAACAGCGUCGGAUCUAAAGUGGAAACUCCCAAGACCCCCAGCAGCCCCUCAACUCCCACAUUUGCCCCCUCUGUCUGUCUCCUGGCCCCCUGCUAUCUCACAGGGGACUCUGUCCGGGACAAGUGUGUGGAGAUGCUGUCAGCAGCCCUGAAGGCAGAAGAUGAUUUCAAGGACUAUGGAGUCAAUUGUGACAAGCUGGCCUCAGAAAUAGAAGACCAUAUCUAUCAGGAACUCAAGAGCACAGACAUGAAGUACCGGAACCGUGUGCGCAGCCGCAUCAGCAACCUGAAGGACCCCAGGAACCCCGGACUGAGGCGGAAUGUUCUCAGUGGGGCCAUUUCUCCAGGACUCAUCGCCAAGAUGACAGCAGAGGAAAUGGCCAGCGAUGAGCUGAGGGAGUUGAGGAACGCCAUGACUCAGGAGGCCAUCCGUGAGCACCAGAUGGCCAAGACAGGUGGCACUACCACUGACCUCUUGCGGUGCAGCAAGUGUAAGAAGAAGAAUUGCACUUAUAACCAGGUACAGACACGCAGUGCUGAUGAGCCCAUGACCACCUUUGUCUUAUGCAAUGAAUGUGGGAAUCGCUGGAAGCUGAAAACUAGCAGAUUGGGGCUGGAGAUAUAA